AUGACUUUCCCUGAUGAUCAGCCUUUGAAAACCGUGAAACUGCCCAUGUGCGUCGAAGCAGUAGAGAAGGAGGUCUUGGCCUUUGACACAUCUAGCUUACCCUCCGGGGCUGGUUGGGGCUCUUCUCGGUAUCUCUUCUCGGAGACCGAUAGCGACGAAGAUGGCGACGAGAGUAUCGCCCGCCGUUUCGUAGCCCUCGACUUCCGCGGCAACAGCGAGGCAGUACAGCAGCAGACCACGUCCAGCAGGAAACCAGGGUGGGCUCUCGGCACGGGGUACGACGGCAACGGAGCGCUGGGUCUCGGACAGCCGGCGGAGAUGUCAAGGUGGACGUUUGUAGCGGCGGUGUACAACCAAGAGGUCGGAAACGCCACCCUGUACGUGGACGGCGUUGCCGCCACGGCGCAGACAUCGGUUCCGGAGGGAGGGGUAUUCUCAAGAAAACAAUCGGGAGACAACACCAAUGUUACAGCCGCUGCUGUUGCUCCUUUCUCGACAGCGUUUCGCAUUGGAGCGGGUCCUACGGCGGUGGCGGCGGGAGACGGCAGCACUGGUUUGAUAGGGCUCGUGGACGAAGUGUUCGUGUACGGGACGGCCCUGAGUGUGGACGAGCUGGAUUACCUCUACCGUGCGGCACAGGCUCCUCUUCCACCGUCUGCUGGAGGGGCCGGGUACGCCCUGAGGUUACAAGGGCAGCAAUGCCUGAAUGUUAUCCUCGCCGGCCUCGAGGAAUCCGAGGAGCUGGCAAUGGGCGUGUGGCUAAACCCAUCACAGCCAGGAGCAUGGAGCUAUGUUCAAGUGCAAUGGAACGCCUCUCACGCACGAUCCUAUGUCAAUUCCUCCCUCUGCGGGAGCGUGGAAUCGGGCUACGAUGUCGUGGGCGGAACUGGCUGGGGAAGCGGUGGCAUGGGUAACGUCACCAUAGACUCAACUGUAGGGGAAUCUUCAGGGAGCACGGACAGCUUGCUGGUGGGGGCAUGGCGGGGAGCGCCGGAUGGGGUCGGCGCAGAUCGCUUGGGGGGCUACUACACAGGGCUCCUUGACAAUCUCGAGAUAUGGUCCUCGGAGGAGGGGUACAGGACCCGUGACCCACGCGUCCCGACCACGGGGUCCGAGCCAGGUCUAGUCUCCCUCUGGACGUUCGACGAAGGCAGAGGCACGGUGACCGUCGACUCGGCAUCAUGGCGUUCCCCGCAGCGAGGAGGCAUCGCCCGGCUCGGCGUGAUCACGCCCGCGGCCGCCGCAGCGGCUCCAGCAAUGCUCCAAAAAACUCUAUCUCGAGAAGAGCUGCCCGGGCGCCCAGACGCGCCAGCGGCGACGUGGAGCGUCUCGACGGCCCCCGUCGGCGUUCUCUCGCGGUCCUACGACGGCCGCCCGUUCUCCGUCCGGGUCCGCGGCACCGACGCGCACGCGCGCUGGCCGCUGCAGGCCGUGCUGACUCGAGUCCCGGCCGGCGGGACCCUGUCGGUGGCCACCACCACCCCCGUGGGCGAAUCGACCGGUGGUGUCGCGGGGGAGACGGCGGCGCUUUCAGCAGGCGAUGUUGUACCGGUGGGUGCAAGGCUCGUGUAUCGGCCGGACGCGGGGGCACACGACCCUUGGCUGGGGGAGGAAGUCGGAGAGUACGGGGGUGGUAGCGCCGUCGACUGGAGCGCGGAGGGGGAGCCGUACGACUGGUUCGGAUACCGUGUGGAGGCUGCUAAGGGAGGGGAAGUCUCGGAAAACGAGGCGGUUGUGUCGCUCAGCGUUCGGCCGUCCUUGAAUGCCGCGCAUCUGGACUGGCCGGUAAAGGACAUCACGCUGUACGACUACGAGAUCCAAGACGUGGACGCCUGGGAAGGCCAGGGCACCCCGCUCCGGGUAACCCUCGACGUGACGAAGGACUUCGGCACUGGCCCGCACGCCCCGACGGUGUCACUCUCGAACAGAAAUGGCCUGAGCUUCGCUGCCCUCGGGCGCGGCGACGGGCUGCAAGACUCGUCGACGGCCUUCGUGGCGGAUCUCGACGACGCCAACGAAGCCAUCUCGGCCUUGACUCUCCACACCACCGCCGACGACGGCGCAGUGUCCGCUUCCGGGGUCCUGUCGCUCGGGGUUUGUGAUUCGGGAGAGUGGAUGGCGGCGGAGGCCAACGGCGGUGGCGGGCGCGCGGCGUGGUGGGACUGGGCAGAUGGGUGCCGGGAAGGGGGCUGGGCGGGGCAAAACUUGACGUACAACCUUCGGAUGGGAACGAUGCCGGUUAUCGAAGGCGUGUGGCCGGCUGCUGCUCCAGCAACCGGGGGGCUGACCAUCGAGAUCCGCGGGACAAGCUUAGGCGUUUCCGACUACUCCUGCGUUUUCGGCGACUACUCGGCGGGCGUCACCGAAGCGAAACAUGUCGCCCCAGGCCUCCUCGAGUGCCUCAUACCCCCGGCCCCCCUCAACGAGACCAGUGGGUUCCCCAUCACCGGCCCGACCUCCUUGCACAUAGUCAGCGCAGUGGGGUUCGCCAGCAACAGGCUGCGGUUCACGUUCUACACGCCGCCUACGCUCCUCGGCGUGGUCCCGGCCUUCGGGUCCAUGGAGGGAGGCACUCGCGUUGUCGCAACGGGGAUCGGUUUCGCAGACCUUGUGGGUGGCGUCGCCUGCUCGUUCGGCGGAGUGGCAACCCCGGGGAAAGUGUUGUCGGCAUCCGAGGUGGUGUGCACUUCCCCGGCGGCCGUAAUCGGGGGCGUUGGAGUCGGGAACGGAGACGAAGCGCUCCACUUUGUCCCCUUCCUUGUGACCUUAAACGGGCGGCACUACACUGGUGGGCAACAAUCUUCGGAGAUCCAAGUGGCGUUCGAGUACACUGACGUUCCGGUGGUUUCCUUCAUCUCGCCGAUCAGUGGCCCGCCUGAUGUUAACAGCGGCGGCGACGGAAGAAGCGAGGAUCGCAAGGGGCCGUACGUAACGGCACGCGGAGCUCAUUUUCGCGAGGGUACAGACCUGGCCUGCCGGUUCGGGACCCUGCCGACAGCCGCGGUGUUUGUGUCUCCGUCGGAGGUUCGCUGCCUUAUCCCCCCCAUGUCAUCAGCCACAGGAGGCGCCCCGAAUGUUGCGGUUACCGCGAACGGCGUAGACUUUAGUCGGGAAGGCCCACCGUCUGUCACAUUCACGUACGUCGCUCGGCCGACACUUGUGGGGAUAGUGCCGGACCUGGGCCCUUCAACUGGAGGCUCUACGAUAACCGUUAUCGGCGGAAAUUUCGACCCGGGCAUUAUAGAGCCGGUGCGACAAGCUUCGUUAAUAUGCCGCUUUGAAACGGAGGAUGCCGGUGUUUUGGACUUGAACGACGACGAAAGCCCAAGCGGCAACCCCGCCCGAACCCUGGUUUUGGACGUCGCCGCUACUGUGGAGUCGGACAGCGCGGCAACGUGCGUGUCUCCUGCGGUAGCCGGUUCUUUCACCACCGUGUCGGGGGGAGGGUACGCUACUGUACGGGUAUCGGCAGAUGGUGGCUCAAGUUUUUCGACAUCGGAAUCGAGAUUCUUCUACUACCCCAACCCGGAGGUAUUUUCGGUGACGCCGGUGACAGUACCCGCUUUCAAUGGUGGAGACAUCAUCGUCUCUGGCCAAGGGUUCCUGCCUGCUGGAGGGCUCCUCCUGUGUCUGUACGAAUCGGCUGCAGUCGCCUCGAUCUAUGAUGAUCCUUCGCGGGCGGCCGAAGACAACCCUGUUGUCCAAACGGAGGGGAACAACCUCACGUUUACAACUGUUGCGGUGUGGUUGUCAUCUGAGCUGGUUCAGUGCGAGCUUCCCGCUCUAGACAUCGAGGCGGGGACGUCUUCGGCGCUCGCAGUACGUGUUAUCAACAACGGGGUAGACCCGUCACCCAGUGCAGCUCAACUCCUCGCCUAUGCUUCCCCAGAACUAUCGAGCAUUGACCCGGCAUCAGGCCCACGCACCGGAGGAACGCCGGUCACCCUGACGGUUGAUGGGUGGGGAUUACCCGGAACCGAUAUGGGCGUUGAGAUAAGCUGCCAGUGGGGAGGGAACGUUUCAACGCAAGGGGUGUUAUCUUCCGUCCCUGGCGCUGCACAAGCAGCGAACCACCGUGUUUACGUUUCUUGCGCGUCGCCCUUGGCGUCCAUGGCGUCACCAACAAGCAGUAGUCAAGAAAUCGUCGCCUCCAGCGAUACCAGCGUGUUAGAGGUUACUCUGCUGGUCGACGGUCAGGAGGUCAGCGACAGCGGCGCAGGACUCCCUUUCACGUUCUACGAUGCGCCCAUCAUCCUCGAGGCGUCGCCACCCGCUGGCAGGAAGCUUGGAGGCACAGACGUGGUCAUAAAGGGCUCUGGCUUUUCGUUCGGCACACCGGGAAACGUGGGUUCUGGCCAGACGGUGUGCAAAUUUGGGGAGUACGCCACGGUGUCUGCGGCUGUGGUGUCUGAUGCGGAGCUGCGAUGUCGAUCUCCACAGUUUGUUGGCGAGAACGUUUCGUCGGCGGCAGAUGAAUCCGUGGAUGUGAAGAUCUCCAUGAACGGCGGCGUGGACUACUCCUGGUCCCCCUCGGUAUCCUUCCAAGUUUUACCGAUCGCGAGCACCACCGAGGGUAAAGUGAUUAUCAUAUCAUUUUUUUGUGUCCCUCGGGCGUUCCGCGUGUCAAUUUCGUCAUCAGGGGUAUACCCCAAGAGCGUACCGCCAGCGUGGGAAUCCGAGAUAGCUGUGUCGGGCACCGGAUUCUCGCCGUCCGGGCUGCUGUCGUGCGUGUUUCGUCGAGGCGACACAGCUACCAAUCAAUCGAUUGCCGCCUCUGCCGGCACCAGCGUCGAAAGCCUUGUUCUAUGGACUUCGCCAGCGCGGUUUUUAUCAACAGAAGUAGUCAUGUGCACGACUGCAUCCGUCGUAGAAGGAAUGGCAUUCUCAGCAUCUACACCGCUUCCGAGGGACAAUGCGCCGCCGAUAAUCCAGGUCGGGGUGUCGAACAAUGGCGUGGAGACGGAUGGAUCUUGGGCAGAUUUGGCACUGUCUGACGCCCCGAUCUUGUUGAGCGCUAUUCCUUCGGCUGGCACGAAGUCGGGUUGCACAACGGUCACGGUUGUUGGCCAAGGAUUCCUCAACUCGUCGGACCUUUCGUGCGCGUUCGGGAUAACCGCCACACCCGGAGUGUUUGUUGACGCGGGCAAAGUUCUCUGCCGGACACCGAAGCUGGAGGACAGAGUCGUUGCGGAAGGUGACGACGCCGCAACGGUAACGGUGGCGCUGAGGGUUAGCAACAACGGCGUGAGCUACUCAAGCGAGGAACUGGAGUUCUUGUACGUCCCGGAGCCGACAGUUUCCGCCGUUUUCCCCCGCGUGGUCAGCACAGAGGACGUUGCGAGUGGUAGCGCGGUCGUGUCCAUUUCGGGGACCGGGUUCGCGCAGUUAUUGGAGGAACCCGGAGGCGAUGACGGCCAUCGCGGAAGAAGUUUGCUGGUGACGAAUACCACCUGCAGAUUUUCUGGUAUCGGUGAUUCCUUGGCUGUGUUGGUUCGCCCCACCAUGAUUACUUGCGGGCUCCCCACCGUUAACGCUACCCCGGGUGUGGUGGCGGUCAGCGUGAGCCUCAACGGCUACGAUUUUCUGGCGCCUGAGAAAGGCGUUUCACUUGCGCUUGCGAUGACUCCCCGUGCGGGGUCGUUGUUUCCGAGGACUGGGCCUUCAUCGGGAGGCACCGUCGUGCAAGUGUUCGGCGACAACUUUGACGGCGACGUCGACCCGCUCGUGUGCACGUUUCAGUUUGGCGUGGAUGCGUUGGUGGAUGUUGCGGCGGAGUACGACGGUCCAAGGUCUGUCCGCUGUACCACUCCUCCUCUCCCCAUAACGGGGGAGGGGACAAAAAGUGCGGCCUCCGCUGCUGUGGGAGAGGCGAUGAUGGCCGUGGUGCGAGUUCAGCGGGCCUCAAUGCAGAUGGCAUCGAACGGCAGCAGCCUUAGGCGUGGGGCAGAGUUUGCGUACUACUCGACGCCGAUCGUUACAAGCCUAACCCCUCAAACCGGGCCUGCGGGAACGCUUGUGGACGUUUCAGGCGAAGGCUUUGUGGACACGGCCGGCUUGACAUGUCGAUUCGGGGAUACCACAGUCACCCCCAUAGAGUACAAGAGCGAAAAGGUCGUGGUGUGCAGAGCGCCGCGGCAAAAGAGCGACGAGAGCCUCGCGGCUGUCGAAAUUUCAAACAACAUGGUUGAUUGGACUACUUCCAAGGUGGUGUUCGCAUACCGGCCGCGCGCGGUCAUCGAAAGCAUCACCCCGAAGGUUGGUCCUGUGAACGGGAGCACAAUCGUUCGCGUGGUGGGGUCCAACUUUCCUGCAAGUGGGAUCGGCCAUAGCAGUAGCGACGGGGGCGGCGACAGCGAAAGCAAGGGUAUUAUUUCUUGUCGGUUUGGUUCGGUGCUAGUCCCAGCUACGGCUGCAUCCACCGUGCACAGUGGCGAGUUGUUCUGUGUGUCUCCAGCUACCGACAGUCCGGGGUCCGUCUCUCUAGAGGUCGUCGUAAACGGGCUGGACGUGACAGACAGCGGCUGGCGCUUCGACUACAUUCCGGACGUCAAUGUGACCGGAGCCUAUCCUUUGACUGGCCCGGAGGGGGGCAGCACCAAGGUGACCAUCACGGGGCCGGGAUUCCUAGGCUCAGAAACGGUGGUAUGCCAGUUCGGGGCGGCGGGAUAUCGUGUUUCCGGGCGGUGGGUGAGCCGCACUUCCUUUGUGUGCGAUACACCUCCGCAGAGGCCGGGGAACGUACGGGUGGCGAUCAGCACGAACGGACAACAGUUCGCCGACGCAGGGCUGGUGUUUACGUACCAGCCGCAGGCGGCCGUGCUGUCCUUGGCACCGCGAAGCGGGUCGGUCCACGGGGGUACCGUAGUCUCCGUGAGAGGGGCAGGUUUCGUCAAUUCCACGGAAGUCGCGUGCCGCUUCGGCGACCGCAUCGGAGAUGCUGAGUACCUCGAUCCUACAUUGGUCCUCUGUCGGGCACCGGCGGCGGAGAAGGGGGCCCACAGCGAUGAAAGGUCUUCGGUGCCGAUUAGGAUCGCAAAUAAUGGCGUCGACUUCACAGACAGCGAUGGCCCAGGCGUGAUGUUCGAGUACGUGCCAUCGUUUGAGCUUCUUAUUGUGGAUCCCACAUGUGGACCCAUGAACGGCGGCACCACGUUGCGCGUACAAGGGGUCGGGUUCGGCGCCGCUGGAAAUCUCAGCUGUGUGGUCAACGGGCUUCAGAUCGAUACCAUGGUGGACACCACGGGACACCUCGUUUGCGUCACCCCUCCGGCGCCGAACGCUGGGGUCGUGGACGUGCGACUCACCAAUAACGGGGUGGACAUGAGCUCGUCAGCCGUGAGAUUCCACUACCACCCGCCCAUCGAAGUAGUCUCCGUGUACCCCGCCUCGGUGCCAGAAAACGGGGGGUCCAGGCUGUGGGUGACGGGCUCAGGGUUCACAGAUAUGAGUGCUCUGGCGUGUGUGUUUGUGUUUUCUUCGGCUUCUACUCCACAAGCGGCUCAGACAAAGACAUCUGGCGUCUACCAUUCGGACAGCUUGGUUUCUUGUAGAAGUCCGGAGGGGGGAGGGGUAGGCCCUGCUGUCUUGCAUGUAACCAAUAACGGCGUGGAAGCCUCCCAUUCUGGAGUGCCGCUUUUGGUGACGAGCACGUCGACUGUCACGACGCUGUGGCCAUCGUCUGGUUCAAGCAACGGCGGCACGGUGGUUCGAGUGCAGGGUACGGGGUUCUUGAACUCGACCACCGCUUUCUGCAGGUUUGGUGACGGCGGCAUCGUUAGCAUUGACGCCAUCGUUGACUCCACGCGCGUCGUGUGCACAUCCCCACCAAAGGGUGACACUCUCCCGACCCAAGUCACGGUAGAGGUGACCAACAACGGCUUGGACUGGACGUCAAGCGGCGUCGUGUAUAGCUACCUCCCUCCGAUCACGAUCACCGGAGUUUCGCCGAAGGUCGGUCCGCUGAGCGGAGGUACUGUCGUUAGGGUGAGCGGGUCCGGUUUCGAAGACGCCAUGGACGGCAGUGGGAAAAAGCUUUUGUGUCGGUUUGGGCAGAGUGUGGUCACUGCGGCUGUGGCAGGCGUCAGCGGUGAUGCUCUGUGCGUGGCACCGACCUACCAAAGCGUCGGCGCCGUUUCAUUCGAGGUGAGCAUCAAUGGCGUAGACUAUACGUCCGAUGGAUGGACGUUCCACUACAGUCCGGAUAUAAGCGUGGAAUCUGCGUGGCCCCUUGCAGGGCCAGAGUCAGGAGGAACUGCGGUCACAGUUACAGGCAUGGGUUUCGUUGACGUGCACUCGAUAAUAUGCGAGUUUGGGUCGUUAGGCACGCUGGUGCCUGGGAGGUGGAUGGACUCGACAACCGUGACGUGCGUUUCUCCGCCCCACAUGCCGGGGGCGGCGAUCCUGAGGCUUAGCGUGAACGGCCAACAGUUCAUCGAGACAGGUCUUGCGUUCCAGUACUUGAUCGAGUCGACCGUGCGAGCCAUCACGCCUUCUUCUGGGCCUCAGCACGGAGGAACCAUGGUCGAGGUUGAUGGGACGGGGUUCGCGAACUCAACGGAACUGUCAUGUCGCCUGGCGGGACGCCGCCUGCCAGCCACGUUCGUCGACAGCGGGCGCGUACGCUGCAUCACACCCACUUCAGCGGCUUCGCUGGCGAUGCCGCUGGAAGUGUCCAACAACGGCAUUGACUUCACCAACAGUAGCAAGGUGUACUUUACAUUUGUGCCGGCUCUUGAAAUCCGGCACCUGUGGCCGAUGAGCGGCCCGAUCGGUGGUGGAACAUCUGUCUCCGUGUACGGGGCGGGCUUUGCGAGUGGGAAGAGCAAGGUGUUUUGCAUCUUCGGAGGAGAUCGCGCUCACAUGACCGUGGGGGCCGUGCACAGCGACGACGAGCUCUCUUGCCCGACGCCACCUCUCGGCGACUCGUCACCCACGGGCGCCGUCGUGCGCGUGGAGCUUACGAACAACAACGGGGUUGACAGGGUAGCGUCGCCGAUGAACUUCUCGUACGUGCCACCGAUUCACCUCUUCAGCGCUAGUCCGUCCCAGUCUGGCGAAGAGGGCGGCGUGACGACGGUCGUCACAGGCAAAAACUUCCUUCCCUCGACGUCCCUUAGCUGCAGAUUCGGUGGACAGGGUGCCACCCCGGCGGCCUUUAUCUCCUCGAAGCAGGUUUUGUGCCUGGUCCCGGAGUCGCCGGCGGGGCCGCGGCAAGUCAGCCUAACCGUCUCCAACAACGGCCAAGAUUUCGCCGCCAGAUCCCCGCUCGUGUACACCUACCUGCCGGCCUUCACUUUGACCAGCAACGAGCCAAGCGCGGGUCCUGUCGACGGUGGGACAGACGUAGUACUAGCGGGAACGGGCUUGAGUCAAACGGGGCCAUGGGCGUGCGUAUUUGGCGAGAAUGUCGCGGUUCCGGCAACACAACUGGCCAGCGGGCAUCUCCGGUGCAGAUCUCCGCCUCAGCCACCCGGCGUGGCGAAGAUUCGUGUUUUCAGGUCCCCGUCCCCUUUGGCAUCAGCAGUGUCGGGGGCAAUGGCUGCUGCUGCCACGGACUCCUUGCGAGAUUUCGGGCUUCGAUUCGACUACCAGGGCACGGUAUAUAUUUCCUCGGUAGAACCCCGGAGUGGAUCAACCGCAGGGGGCACGCCGGUGACGUUGCGAGGUUUCGGCUUCGGAAACUCAAGCAGCACAUUAACCUGCGGGUUCGGUGAGCAGAACGGCCAAAUACUCAGGUCGCCAGCUCUACGCGCGUCCCCCGGCGUGGCAGUUUGCUCGUCGCCGCCGCGUCUUCCUCGCGAAAGGCAUUUAAGCGGCGCCACCUUCUUCGAUGGUGACAAUCCGUCGGUUGUCUCGGUAACUUUGAGUCUAAAUGGCGCCGACUUCACCAGCCGCGGCCCACAGUACAUAUUCUACGAGCCUGUCGAGGUCUUGGGGCUGUUCCCAGCGGUAGGCUCCGUCAACGGAGGCAUGAUCAUCACCGUCGUGGGACGUCACUUCCUCCCUUUGGAGACGCUCAGCUGCCGGUUCGGAUCCUUUGCGGCUUCUCCCGGAGAGUUUCUGUCUUCGAAUGUGAUCCGCUGCAAGGCGCCGCCGUCUCCGGACGGCCCCAUCAAGGUGGAGGUCUCCGUGUCCAACAACCUCCUGGAGUUUUCCGCGCCGUCUGCGGCAACAACGUUUGAAUACCACCCCCAGGCGCGACCAGAGCGCUUGCAUCCCAGGGCCGGUCCUCUGUCCGGCGGUACCGUGAUUACGGUCGAGGGGGGUACCUUUUCCCCCGCAACAGAACAACUUGCGUGCCGUUUCGGAAGGGCCGUGGUCAAGGCAACCCUGCAGUCAUCGGCGCAGAUCACUUGCCAAGCUCCACCUUCAUCGUCCGAGAAGAACGUAGUUGUACAGGUCACCAUAAACGGCGAAGAGUGGGAAGACGUUGGAGAUGGUGGUCUGAUGUUCCGGUACUAUCAGGCUCCCGAGGUUGGGGCGCUACACCCAAGCACUGGGCCACCAAUCGGAGGAACUCAUCUGUCGGUCUUUGGGCGUCAUUUUUCUCCUGUUGCAGGGGUAGGGCCCGUUCUGUGUCGGGUGGGGAAUUCGUCCGGCACAGCUGUUCACCAAGUUUCUCCGGCGCUACGGUGGGAGGGUUCCUCCAGGUUUGGUGAAGGGGCAGGGAGCGACGUCGUGACCUGCAAGGUUCCUGACCUCGGUGCCGACGACUUUACGGCGGUUGAAGUUGCCGUGAGCACAGACGGAGGGGUGCAUUUCUCGUCGCCACCGUUGAUGUUUUCAUACGUUCAGGUGCCGAUUAUUUAUUCCACGACCCCGGAAGCUUCAAUGGAACGAGGAGAGGUGGCAAUCACCGUGACGGGUGAAGGGUUUCUUAACCUGCCCACGUUGGCCUGCCGGUUCGGUCUAGCUCACUCGAGCCGGCCCGCUGAGUUUGUGUCCAGCCAACACAUUCAGUGUUUCACACCCGCCGAGUCGGAGCCCGGCACGGUACACGUUGAGGUGACUCUCAACGGCGUCGACUACACAGCUCAGGAGAUACGCCACCACUUUUUACCGACAGCAAGUAUUGUUCGUGUAGACCCCGGCGUGGGCCUUGCAAGUGGUGGCACGCCUGUUUUCAUCGAAGGGUCAGGCUUUGACGCAAUCAGACGCGUAGAGGGGACAAGAAUCACCUGCCAGUGGACGAUUCCGGGGCUCGAACCGCCGGAGGUGCUUGUGACUCGGGCUGACGUCUUGUCGGACUCGACCCUGACGUGCCUGUCGGCGCCGGCCGGGCAGAACGGAGGAGUCGCGCAUGUGUCCGUCUUUGCGAACGACGUAAAUAUCGCGGAUGAAAACGGCGACUGCUUGACUUUCGAGUACAAGGUGCGCGCGACGGCGUCACAGCUGUCUCCCACACACGGCCACACCUCGGGCGGAACGAGAGUCAACGUUACUGGCGAAGGUUUUACCGACGAUGGCGGUCUCACCUGCCGCUUCCAUGGCGUCGCUGCGACAGAUCGAGGCAGUGCUGUUGAGGUGGUGGAAGUCGCUGCGAGCUUUGUGUCGACGACAGAGGUGCACUGCUUGACGCCCGCACUGGCCUCCGUCUAUCCGCACGGCGUUGGGAAGUCUUCGACGGGUGUGGGUCACGCGCUGGUGGAGAUUUCAAACCACAGGUGGUCGCAGUCAAGAGACUUCGACGCCCACCGAGGGCUGUCAUUCUGGUUCCUUCCUCAGCCAAUGAUAACUAAGGUAGCACCUUCGUCGGGGUCGUCUGAGUGCGGGGCCGAGAUCCGCAUCACUGGGGGAAUCUUCAGGUCCGGCGAUAGGAGCUCCUUGAGAUGCCGCAUUGGAAGCACCACGUAUCCGGCGGCGUUCGUGUCCCCCACCUCAAUCUCCUGCGCUCCGACGGGACCCGUGGAUCCUGGGACGUACGAAAUCGAGGUGACUGAUAACGGGGUCGACUUCGUCGGCGCCGGGAGCGCCUUCAUGUUCCUCCCGGCGGCGACGGUCACGGCCGUCAGCCCGUCCUCCGGUCCGUUCGUCAGCGGUGGGGGCAGAGGACAGCAACCAGUCCUCCUAGAGGGAACCGGCUUUUCGACCAUGGAUAGGCCUUCUUGUUCGUUCGGGGACAUGGUUGUAGCCGCUUUGGAGGUAGUUUCGGCCACCGUGGUCAGGAUUCUGUUGUGCCGACUUGGGUCGCACGAGUACAACGCCACAACGAGUGGUGUCGUACUCAGCCCCCAAAAAGCAACCUGCUCGGUCUCCUGUGGCGAUUUCAGCGGGCUCACGAGCUUCGAGGUGUCGCUGAACGGCGGCGCUCAUUGGACUGAGGCUGACGUGGGCUUCCGCUGCGACCCCCUUCCGGAAGUAUCUUCCGUCACCCCGGAAAUGGGCCCGACCACCGGCGGCACAGCCCUCAUCAUACGGGGCUCGGGUUUUUCAUCCAGCGAGCUUUUGGGCUGCAGUUUUGGGCUUGGUGAUACGGAUAACGUCUUGACCGUGCUUUCUAAGGCCAGGUUUAUCUCGAGCUCAGUCAUCGAGUGCGUGACGCCGGCAGCUUCUAAGACGUCGGGACCCCACACUGCCAACGUUGCAGUUUCCAACGAUGGCAUCCACUUUUCGCCGCCGGCUCAGGCGGCCACGUUUGAGUACGUCUCCCGGCCGAUGGUUACGCGUAUUGAUCCGGCGUUUGCAUCCGCGUCUCUAGGCGGAGCGCCUGUGACAGCCAUCGGCACAAACUUUGUCGACACGCCCUCUUCGGCAUGCCACUUCACGCCGUUGGCCGCGAGUGGGGGCGGUGAUGCUGCUGACGGGGAAUGGUCCGAGUUUGGCACAAGCAUCAUGAUUCCGGCAAAGUUCAUUUCUAGCACCGAAGUAUCGUGCCAGACGAGUGGUGUAGUGCUGCCCGUCGGGCCUGCGCUGGUGGCGGUUUCAGUUAACGGCGUGGACUUCGACCACAACAAUGGAGCAAUGAUCGAUCUGGAAGCACCUCCGGAGGUUUUCAAGGUGGUGCCGGCGAGGGGCAUGGCUGGAAACAUUGAGACGCCUGUCGAGGUGUACGGAGCUGGCUUUGUCAACCGCACGGGUUUGCUACUGUGCCGCUUCGGUGAAACCGGCGUCGUCGAAGCUUUCUUCGAGUCCUCUAGCGUCGUGAGGUGCUCCGCUCCCGCGCAAGCCGACCCGGGAGCGGUCAGCAUCGCGGUGUCGGUAGACGGCGGCGUGACCUUUGGGGAGGACGGCUCGUCUGGAUUGGCAUCGGUUCUCCACUUCCGCUACCUAGCACCUUCCUUCGUGACCGGUCUAUCUCCUCGCAGCGGCCCCGCUACGGGGGGUACCGUCGUUUCUGUUUUUGGCACGGGGUUCAACAGCGACUUCCGCUUCAUCUGCAACUUCCAGCCGAACGGGCCGGUGGCCGAGAGCGAGACGGCAGCGGAGACGGUAGGAGUGGAAGCACUCGCAGCUUACGUGUCCCCUUCUGAGCUUGCGUGCAUCGCGCCGCCUGUCGUAUCCGAUAGCGAUGUGGGCCGCGCGAUGGACGUGCAAGUUUUCGUCGACUUCGGCAGCGAAGCUGUGGCACGCCUUCCUACCUCUGGCAGCGUCUCCUUCACGUCUGUUCCGAGCUUAAAACUCUUGGGCUUGACUCCAGAUCGCGGGUCGGUGGCUGGAGGAACGCUCGUAGACAUUAUCGGCGCCAAUUUUGCUGCCCUUCCUGCUGCGGGUGGGGAUUUUGCUACCACCGCUGCUACGGAAACAGUGUGGUGUCAGUUCGGCUCUAUUGUGACAAUAGGGUCCCGCUAUUCGGACGGAUGGGUGCAGUGCUUGUCGCCGCCCUGGAGCGUUGGGCUCCCUGUGGAAGUGGAGGUCAGCGUCAGCGUGAACAGCGGGGCCGACUUCGAGCGAGGGUCGCCGGGGUCACCUCUGAUCUUUUCGUACGAGGAAGCGGCACGGGUUACCUCCCUGUCACCCGCCUUUGUCUCGUCCACCGGCGGAACGCGAAUCACUCUCAAAGGCUCCGGAUUCGCUCGUCGCGGGGACGUACAGUGUCGCUUCGUGGAGGGCAUUCCGGUUGAAGCAGAAGCUUCUUCCCUAGAUCCGCCGGGUGCAACCUCCUACGCCUACGUGAUUUCCGAGGGAGAGCUCGCCUGCACCGUCCCUUCUUCGGGCCUCGGUCCAGGAGAGCGCGGAUUUGCUCACGUCUUUCUUGGUACCACCGGCGAUGACUUCAGGCCAACCAACCUCUUCGUCAAUUUCGUUCCCGACAUGGAGGUUUCGUCGGUCGUCCCGCGGCGGGUCACGGAGCAGGAGGAACACAUCAUCCUUGUGGAAGGAAGCAACUUCCCCGAUCUUCCCGAUCUCGCUUGUCGGUUCGAGGGAGGCGGUGAGAACUCCGCCGUCCCCGCCCUCUGGUUGGGAUCUACAGCAAUGCGUUGCGUCGCCCCACCCCUUCCACCCGGCGAUGUAUCCGUCCAGGUGACGUUCAACGGCGUCGAUUUAGUCGAAGCAUCGCAACUGCUGACGGUAGACACGAAACUGACGGUAGCGGCCAUUGCUCCGCUGUCUGGACCGAUCGCCGGAGGCACUGAGGUUACUGUCACGGGGACUGGUUUUGGCGCCGACGGUGUUCUAGGCGAGAACAUCGCUGCUAGUGGGUACGGGUUUGCUUGCAUGUUCGGCGAAUCGCAGGUGGCCACUGUUGCCACCGUAAUGUCGCCCGGAAGCGUUGUGUGCCGGACGCCUCCCGGGUUCGUCAACACAGGCGGAAACUCCAGCGGGUUGGUUACCGUUACCGUCGCCAGGCGUCUCGACGGCGGAAAAACCGGGGAGAUGGCGGUUUCCCCGACCCCGCUCGUUUUCCUCUACCUCAGAGAGGCGGUCCUGACCAGCGUGACCCCGAACAGCGGGCCGAUGGUUGGCGGCACACGAGUGGCGCUAUCGGGCGUUCGGGAAGAGGUUUCCUUUAUGCGAGCAGCGGGGGUAGAACCGGAUCUCCGGUGCAGUUUUGGAGCCGCUACGGAUGCCGCGAUCGUUCUACCACGGGGUCAAGGGGAUGACGUCUUCUGCAUCUCCACGCCGUUUGUGGCAGGUGUGGAGUUUUCAUCGAACGAAGUCAGCGUCACGGUGUCUCUCAACGGCGGGGCAGACUUCAUGGUGUCCGAGGCCGUGUUUGUGUACUUUGAAACACCCGAGGUGUUUUCAGCGCACCCUUCCACGCUUUCCGCUACUGGUGGAACGGCUGUGACACUGAGAGGGCGGAACUUUCCAGACACCAAGGACGGCUUCAAGUGUAUAGUUGGUCCAGACGCCCAAGCUCUUCAAGGGAUUCGAGUGUCCUCGACUGUAGUUGAGUGCGUUGCUCCACCACACGCUCCGGGAUUUGCCAUGAUCUCGGCUUCGUUCAACGGGGCGGACGUCUCCACAUCGACCGCUCUACUGGAGUAUCGCGAGGAUCUACACGUUACGUCGAUUGUCCCGGCCUAUGCCGCCAUCACCAGCGAGGCUGAAGUCACCAUCAGAGGCAAGGGGUUCGUGGACUCCUCCUUGCUGUGUUUGCGGUGGCGUCGUCACUCUUCCGCCGAGGCAACUGCUGGAGGUCCCGACACCAAACGCGAGAAGUGGCAUACGAUUUUCCUCGACUACAUCAACAGCACGGCCGUCACGUUCACCGCUCCGUACGUCGCGGCUGAGGACAGCGGUGAUGAGGGGAGUUCCGUCGAGCUCCGGCUAGAAGUUUCGAACAACGGCUUGGACUUCAACCCUGUGGAGGAGUCCGUGCGGUUUGCGAUAGCGGGGCGCCCUCGAGUGCACAGCGCCUUCCCGAGGCACGGAAGCGGCGCAGGAGCAACCAUGGUGACAAUUGUCGGCACAGGAUUUGUCCCGGCGGCCACCCUGUGCCGGUUCGGAUCUCGUGAACGGAACGACACGCACGGUGACCUCAUCGUCGACAAACCGCUAAUCGUCGUCCAAGCAGAUGUGUUGAAUUUCACUCACCUGGUUUGCGUGGCUCCGGCAUCAGAUAGCCACCUUGUAGGAGAUUUUUUCAUCGAAGUUGUGACGGGUGCCGCGACCAACGACGACGCUUUGGCAACGGCAAUAACCGACAAAGUCUACGAGCGGCUUGUGGACCCUCUGGCCACGACUGGGUUCACGUUUAUCCCGGCUGCGGGAGUGAUAGCCGUCGAGCCCACAGUCCUCCCUGAGUCCGGGAAUGUUGUGGUCACCAUCGAAGGGUAUAAUUUCACCAGAACCGGUCUAGAAGCUUGUCGGUUCGGAGGAGAAGUGGUGGUCGGUGCUGCGUUGUGGAAUUCGUCGGCGGUGAGAUGCCAAGCCCCGCCCUUGCCUCCAGGUUCUUAUUCGCUGGAGCUCACCCUGAACGGGGGGGCGGAAUGGUUGACGGUACCCGCUGGUAUGGACUUUGAGCCUGAUCGUUUCCUGUACUCGCUAAGCCCGUCUGCCGGGCCGCUGAGCGGAGGGUCGCUUGUGACGAUCGCCGGAGUUGGCUUCGUGGAUUCUUCCUUGGAGGAGAAUGAAGCCGGGUCCUUGUACUGCAGCUUUGGUCACCUCGAGGUUAUCGGCCGUGCCCUCAACGACAGCUCGCUACAGUGCACCUCGCCAGCGAUGCCCACGGAAGGGAUCGUCCCGAUAACCGUAGCGUUCCGGUAUUCCAACACCAAACGCAAGGUUGAAUUCAUGAUCAUGGACGGCACCAUCUCGGCAGGAACGGGUACCGAUGGGGACGAAGGCCUCACCUUUCAGUUCUAUCGCGACGAGCUUGUCCUUGGAAUCCGACCCUACGAGGGUCCCGUGCGGGGAGGCACCACGCUAACCAUUACCGGCACCGAUUUCCGCUACACACCGCAGCUGGUCGCACGUUUCGCAUACGCGGGGACUUCGGGCAGAAGCGGCAACACGAACAAAACCGUCACCGUGGUCGACAACAAUCAGAGCGGCGCCAUCACUGUCACCGUGCCGGCGCGAUACGUGAACAGCGAAGAACUCGUCGUACAAACGCCACGGUGUCCGCUUGGUUCAGGUUUGGGCGGUUCAUUUUUCGUGGAGAUCUCGUCGAACGGGAGGGACUUCACUCCUUCUUCCGACAGCCCGUUGUUCUUCUACGAUACCAGCGAGCCAUUCGUGGAAUUUCUGUCCCCUGCGGUACUUCGGGAGAGCGGGGGUGUCGUGCUCACCAUCCGGGGCUCGGGCUUCCCGGAUACCUUCCCCAGCACUCUGGCGUGCAAGUUUGGCGGUGGAGAUGACGCUGUAUCGGUCCAGGCCACAAGGCAUUCAAUGGAACUCCUGACCUGCCUUUCUCCACCACGACGACCGGGGCUGGUAGGGGUUUCCGUUUUCUCUUAUGAUCAGUUACUAAACUCCGACGGAGAUCUGGAGGUGGAGUACAUCAGCAACCUGCGCUUGUUCUCAUCUUGGCCUGCACUUGGCCCGGCCGCGGGCGGCACGACGGUGACCAUUCUAGGGGAAGGGUUUCGCACUGGGGAGAUGUACGCGUGCACUUUUGGGUCGCUACAACUGCCGUCGGUUGAAGCGAUAAUCAUCAACAGUUCUGCGAUACAGUGCCUUUCGCCGAUGGUGCCCACCAGCGAGAACGUUACCCUCCAGGUAUUGACUGUCCACGACGACGUUCUUACGCCUAGCGAGAGCUACGUGUACGUUUCUACCGAAGGAGAAACGGACAUCGCUCGGACGACAACAGCCGAACAGAGAGAUGACAGCUCCAUCUCGAUGGCGUAUCUGUCCUUUCAGUAUCACGAAGACGUCGAAAUCUCGCGAGUCAGUCCACAAAACGGGCCUGCCUCUGGGGGCACCGUUGUUCGCGUGUCGGGGUCGGGCUUCAUCGAUCUUCCCCAAGCCGCGUGCAAGUUUGGAGCCGGAGAACCUACCCCUGCAACGGUAAUCAGUUCGGGGACCCUGGUCUGCACGUCCAGCUUGCUUACGACCUCCGUCGCCCAUUCCGCGCCGAAGAGCGCUUUCAGGAACGCCUCUCGGGCGGAGAAUGGUGUCGAGCUACGAGUAUCUAUGAACGGAGUUGAUUUUCUACCGGUGAAUUCGUCAAUUUCCUUCUUGUACGACGAAGACAUGUACGUGUCGUCGCUCGUCCCCGACCACGGGCCGGCGACGGGGGGGGUGCGGGUUCUCGUCCGGGGAUCCGGGUUUCGGCCGGACGAACGACUCGCCUGCCGGUUCGGCCUCCUGGAAAGCGCGGCGGAAUACAUCUGCGGGGACACCAUCGCGUGCCGUUCGCCGCCUCAGGUUCGCGUGUCGACGGUCCUGGUUUCCGUUACUCUCAAUGGUCAGGACUUUUCCUCUCGCAGGCAACCGGCCUUACCGCUUCCACACAAUGCCACUGGAGAAGAUGUGGGCGGGGCUCUGUUCACCUACACCGAUCGCGCGGUCGUCACAGCCCUGGCGCCGGACAGUGGCCCGACCCGCGGGGGCACGGUCGUAACUGUCUCGGGGGUCAACUUUGCUGGCUCGGCGAAUUUGCUCUGCCGGUUCGGCGACCUCGUGACGAGCGCGGCGGUGUUUGUCUCGACGGAGAUGGUGACCUGCGUGUCGCCGGCUGUCCCCGUUGGAGCGGCGGGCCGCGUCUACCUCGAUGUGUCGGACCCAGGGAGCACCACGGUCACGCAUGACUCGUCUUCGUCGUCCGUAGGAAGCGAUACUCCAUCGUUCGAGGUACGAGAACCGGGCGAAGACCCCUCACUAUGGACCAACAGCGCCGUGGAGUUCAUGUUCACGGAGGAACCCGUCGUGCUGGCUGCUUUCCCUAUCUCCGGCCCUGCCGAGGGCGGGACGCGGGUAACCCUGACCGGGUCCGGCUUCCAAGAUCUUCCGGAGUUGGGGUGUCGGUUCGGCGGUACCCACUCACGGAUGUUGGACGGAAAUCACAACCAAAAUGGUGGCGUCGUUGACGAGCCGCUGGCAGCGGCAACAACCACAGAGGUGUUUGAAGCUUCGGCAGUUGAUGUGCGAGCCACCUUCGUGUCGCCCACGGAGGUGGUGUGCAGCGCGCCCGAGCAGUCGCUCGAAUGGAUCGAUGCUUCCGGGACCACAGCUUCUUCGCCCCCUAGAGGGGCCACAGUACGAGUGGCGGUAACGUUAAACGGACAGAACUACAGCCUGAGGAUGGCGCAAUUCACCUACUACCCCACACCGGAGAUUUUCUCUGUUAGCCCGGAUCGCGGCCCCACUUCUGGAGGAACAAUGGUAACCGUUGCUGGGGCUAACUUGACUUCCGCCGGUACAUACCCUGGCUUCACUGAAGGAAGCCUAUUGUGCCGGUUCGGAGGUCCUGACGGCAGCACCGUCAAUGCGGAGCCUGUCGUUGGGGGUGACGAUGAUGCCGUACGUUGUGAAUCGCCAGUGGACCCUCGGCGGGACGUCGGGGGAAGCGAGGUCGUGGAGGCGUUUGCCUUGCCGGAGAGCGACCCCGUGUAUGAAAUCUCGGUGCGGGGUCGGGGUUGGCAGAACGAGGUGCAAGAGAUCAGGGCCGUCGCGGCACCUGCAUCAGACGAGACAGAAAUACAGGCAUUGCAGCUCACGAGAGCAGAGGAGGCUAUCAGCGAAGUCCAGCAGAUCACGGUGGCAUCCAUGGACCCGUCUACCCUGUCCGGGUCGUUCGCCGUUAGGCAUGGCUAUUACCUUUCCCCCGCCGUACCGUUCAACGCCACCGAGGACGAGGAGCUUAACUCCGUGGGUCGACUGAUGGUCAACCUGACGGACCCAAAUUCCUACCCCCCAGGGGGUCGGACAUGGGCUGUCGCCUUUUUAGGCUCAGCGGGCGACCUUCCGUUGCUGACGGCAGACGGGGUAGGGCUCAUACCUGACCCUUCCCCGUUCUCUCGCACCGUCGACGCCGACCACGGCUACAACAACUACGCCAACGAAGAGACCAUAGCGUAUUGGCCGAUUGAUUCGGCGGCCAUCAGCGUGUGGGAGGCGCAGAGAGGAGAGUCAGCCGAGGAGGCGGAGAUGCGGCACGGGGGUGGUCGCGCAUCGGGUACCGUUGACCUCGCGUUCGAUGCCGACGGGGAUGGGACGCUGGAGGCUUCGGAGAUUGUCACUGUUGACGUGGACGCCAGUGCCUCGGACGUGCAGGCGGCCUUGCGUGCAAUCGGGGGAUUUCUCGAGGAUGUAGAUGUUUUAUCAGAUACCGGGCUGCAACGGGCAAGAAACGGAGAGGAAACCGACGACCUAGCCUUCGACGCCUCAGCAACAGACGUGAAAGCCGCUCUCGAGGAGCUCACCAACGUGGGGACCGUCGACGUCACCCGCGAAGAAGGGGAUGACAGCGACUUCUACGCUUGGAGCAUCACGUUCACCGGGCCGAUGGUGUCGGCGUACAGCAGUGUCGACCGCGAUGAGGAUACGGAUAUCGACGAAACGGCAACGAUGCUAUCGUUUCCUUUGCUGUACGCCGGAGGAGAGGAUGGUGACGACGGGCUAGGAUUAGGGACCCUUGGGACCGGGGGGGAGCUCAACGUUACCAGGGUACAUCGCGGCACGCUAGGGUCGCUGUCUGGAAAGAUCAUGCUUUCCUUUGAGCAAGUCUCUUCUACCAUGGAGGAGGCGGCCAAUACUUCUGCAAGUGCUUCCCUAGCCGUGGCGCACGACGCCUCUGCCGACGAGAUGAAGGACGCAAUAGCAUCUCUAGCGGAGUAUUCCCUCGAUGCUUCCAUUGGAACCAUAGACGUCUCGCGAGAGGCAAACGGAGCGGAGGGUCUUCAGUCGUACAGGUGGACUGUCACCUUCCUAGAUCUCGCAGCCAACGUUCCUAAGCUCUCCGUCAACAGCACGACGGUGGAGUACGGAUCAGGCUCGGGGCAGGGGGACACGAUGACAGUGACAAACGGGGGUGUCGGGGUGGCUUCGGUAGGAGUGGAGACCUUGCGGGAAGCGUCAGCUAUUUGCUGCAUAGGAGGAAACUUUUCCUUGUCCUUUGACGGUUUCGACGUCUUCGACGUUGAUCUCGAAAACGACGCUAAUGCGUCCACGAGCGCAGCCAACCUGGUCGAGGCGCUUGGAGACGUGAUACAGGGCAAGCGAACCACCUCCCAUCAUGGACACGAGUGGGGCUCGAUCACGGUAGACCACCAGCAGCUACUGGACGGGGGCUCGAUCUGGAGCCUGACGUUCGACGAUUACUCCCUGGUCGCCCGCGCCGGCGGGGCGCCGCUCAUUGCGGUUGCUCACGAUGAGAUAACUCGCGGGGUGAUUUCGGUCGAGCGCAUUGCCGAAGCGGCGAGCCCGGCGGUUCACCGCGUGCUCGUGGCUGCGCUUUCGACGCUGGAAUCGACGGGAAUGUUUGCGCUGUCCCUUGAAGGCGUCGUGACCCGCGCGAUUUCUGUGGACGUAUCGGCCGACGAUCUGCAGGACAUACUCCGCCAAGACCUCUCCUCGCUCGGGGUGUACCCAAGUGUAGCAGCUGUCGGAGCGGCCGAUCUCCGCCUCGCCGGAGACCACCGCGCCUGGGACGUGUCUUGGGACUCGACCCCCGGAAGAGCCAUGGAGAGCGCCGAUUUCUCUUGCGCCGCGGGAGCGAACGUCACGGCCGCCUACACGGGCGAGGGCAUCUGCACGACGGAGCUCUUUGCGGCUUCCGCCGGCGGUGCCCCACUCUCCGGCAGGUUCUCAAUCACGGUCUCGUCCUCGAUUUCGUCCAAUGACGACUUGACGGACGAUACGGCGUGGGGCACGGUAGUCGAAACCACCGCCUUUCUUGAUCACAACGCCACGGCGACCGAGGUUCGGACGGCUCUCGAAGCGCUGAGCAGCGUGGCCGCUGUCGACGUUGAGAUCGUAAACUUCUUGCCCAGCGGGGAUGGGAGCGCAGGCUGUACCUAUCUCGUGACGUUUGCUGGCGCAUCUGGGGCGGCAUCUCCCAUUGGAGGGUUGUCUUUGACGACGUCGGCGGCGGGGCUUAACGGGACCGGAGCGGAAACCACCGUUGGCGAGGUGCACCGGGGAUCGCGGUGGGGCGGCGAGUUUUCCCUCUCGAUCGGUGGUCUGCAAGGCUCAGCGCUACCGUUCGAUGCGCGCGCGGAGGAAAUGCAAGAGGCGGUCAGCGCGCUCCUUGCCUCUGCUGGCAGUGAAAAUGAUGAGAAUAGCGUUGAAGUGUGGAGAGAGGAUUACGAGGCCGGGUUUCGAUGGAUUGCGGCGUUUUCCGGAGGAGACCUGGAUGGGGAUAUUGAUCUGAUGGAGGUGGCGUGGUCAUCGUUGCACGGAACUGACGGCAGCGUGCAGGUCUAUCGCAGUACCGACGGCGCAGAUUCUGCUGGCGGGACCUUCACCCUUGCGUUCAAAGGUGACGUCAGCGAACCUCUCCUCUGGAACGCCAGCGCAGAGUCUGUUGAGCAGGCACUGGAGUCUCUUCCCCAAGUGGGAGACGUAACCGUGGUUGCCGAAACGCACCAAAAGUCCGAUGCUCCCAUUGAUCAAAAUUCCUUAGAAAUAGCAGCAUCUUGGAAGGUAGAAUUCACCACGGUGGGCACCCCCACCAACAUCGGAGACCUCCCGCUGCUCGAAGCUGACGGAUCUUUCCUCACGGGAACUACCGUGGGCGUGAGUGUAGAGGAGAUAUCGGCCGGCUGCUGCGAGGUCGAAGUCAGCGCCAAUGGCGGGGCGGACUACACGAGUACUGGAUCCGACGGCACGGGGAGCAGUACCACGGCCGCCUUUCGCUAUCAAGACAGAGCCACGGUGCGAUCGGUCACGCCGAGCUCGGGCCCGGCAUCAGGCGGCACGGCCGUCUUCUUGUCCGGCACUGGGUUUGACCUCCCGUCGACAUCAGGCAAUGACACGCGCGGCGGCGACUUUGUGUGCGUCUUUGGCGGUCGACUCCAAUCGCCAGCCACUCGGCUAAACUCCACAACGGUCACGUGCGCGUCUCCGUUCACGCCUCUGCGGGAGACGGGAGCCAUGUCCGUGUCCGUGCGUUGGCCCGCACUUGUCUCACCUUCGACCACAACGGCGGCGUUCACAUUCCAUGAAGACGUCACACUGCAGGCGCUUUCUCCCCGUCGAGGGUCCAAUGCGGGCGUGUACACAACGGCCGUCUUCAUCGGCCGAGGCUCAUUUGCAGCCGUGGGAAUUGCCGACGUUUCAUGCGUCAUCGAGGUCCGCUUUCCAAGCAACAUCACCGGCGGCUACAAAGCGCUCACGUAUUCUGCGCCUGCAGUAGAGCUAUUAAGCUCGCUGCAUACCGCGGAAGUCACUACGUUUUCGAACAAAGAAGGUUACGGUUGCGACAUGCCGAGUCUUGAGGAUUUCUUCCCCGGCGUUAGCAUCGAAGACUGGGUGGACAACGACUGGGGUGCGAUCGCGCUCGUGAGCUUGUCGGGAAACGGUGGAGUUGAUCUCACGGCGCCGUUGACGUUCACGUACUUCCCUAAACCAGCUGUGGUUGCUGCAUUACCGGGGCUAGGAGUGGAUGGCGGCGGAACCUCGGUGGUCGUGCAUGGAACAUGGUUUUCUCCGCCCGAGGGAGGGUACGAUGAUUCGGAGCUAUAUUGUCGUUUCGGCCUUGGGCCCCCCGCCCCUGCCCAGUACAUAUCGGACAGCGCCGUCUCGUGCACCUCUUCAUCUCACACCAACGUGGCGGCCAUAGUAUCGGUUGAAGUGGAGAGCGCCCGCGUUUUCCACGCCACACAAGAAGUCUUGCUGAGGAUACCUUUGCCGAUGGCUAGCCAGCCAAACGCCUCUUCACACUACUCGGGAUCGGGAACUUGGACGCUCUCGCUCGAGGACUACUCGACGGUCUCCAUGGGUGCAAACGUUACCGCUGGUGAGAUGGCGACUGCUCUAUCUUCUCUGCCGAACAUCGGCAACGCUUCUGUUUCCGCGGAGCACCGGACCCUCUCCGACCCGUACGCUGGUCUCUCUUGGAACGAGACGUUGUUCACGGUGUAUUUCGCCGCCCGAGGUGGGGACCUCCCGGUGCUGUCGACAGACGUAUCAGAUUUGCGGUUAAAAUCUUCGGAGGACACGGCCGUGGACGGGUUCAACCAAGACGUGUUUGGCUUUCCGGUGCUCACCCCGGAAGUUUCGGUGAACGUCGCGGAGCGGGGGCACGACGGCGAUGGCAUCGUGCGCGAGGUGCAGGUGCUGAGAACGAACAGAUCGAGCCUGGUGGAGGAGGUUCAGACGGUGACGGUUACGACGGGACUGUCGCCGACGGCAGAGGUCCAAGUGGUAACUCUUGCGGCCAACGAAGCGCUCUCCGGCGAGUUCACGGUCACAUACCCCGACGUAGGUUCGACCGAGCCCCUGGCCCAUGACGUCUCCGCAGAAGCUUUCGCGUCCGCCAUACGAGCCUUAGAACCCGACGACAUCGGUGGCGCCGACGUAACCGUCUCACGUUCUCGAACGGGGGUGCGCGGGUACGCGUGGACCGUAACUUUCAACGACCUCGGGGUCGGGGAUCGUCCACAACUGGUCGCUACCGCCGACACCUCUCUAGAAACCCGCACAACUAGCGGCACUCUGUCACUGGAGGUGGAAACGUUGACGGAUGGGGUGGCGGGUAUUGGUGGAACGUUUGAAGUCUCGUUUGACGGGGACGGGACUGAAGAAUCUACUGGUCCGUUGGCGGCGCACAAUGUAUCGGCUCGAGAGGUCGAGGCGGCGAUAGAGGCGCUGUCCGGGGCCGGCGAUGUGACCGUACAGGUCGAGCUCUUGGACGGUGGAGAUGGCGGCCGGGUGUUCACUGUGACGUGGCCCAUGGGUCGGGGCAACGUUCCGGUGCUUCGAGUGAACGGAUCGGCACUGACGCCUACAGUUGGUGACGUUGGUGGGGUGGCUCUAGAGGCGGCCGUCGCGUACGUCAAUGAGACGACGAACGGAACGGACUCCGUCGGGGGAGAAUUCACCCUUGUCUCGGGUUCCCACGUGUCAACCCCUCUGGCUUUCAACGCUUCUGCAAUGGAAGUAGCGGAGGCCGUUAACGGCAUGAGAUACUGGGGAGGGCUGGUGCUCGUGGAUCGACAAGAUCUGCUAGCCAGUGACACAAACAUCAACGAACGAGACAUGUUCGAGUGGCGUCUCACGUUUUCUCCCACUGAGGGUGACGUGGAAGAGCUGAGGGUGCUCAACGACGACUUAACGGGUCCCCAGGGAGCCGAGAUAACGGUGUUCACCGCCGUAAACGGGUCUUUCGAUGAACAUUUCGGAAACUUUACUCUAAAAUACGGAGCGGAAAACGCGACUUGGCCCCUGGCUUUCAACGCCACGGCGGGUGACGUUGAGGAGGCUCUUGAGGCUCUAGAUGAAGUCGGUGACGUGAAUGUCACUCUGCACGAGAGCUCUUCCAGGGAAGACGGAAGGGGCGGUCGGCGAUGGCAGAUAUCGUUCACAGCACUGGGCUAUCCUUCGCACGUGGGGGAGGUUCAGAUAUUGUCGGUCGACUCCGGCCAUCUAGGGGGGUCGGGGGUCACGGGUGUCAUCGAAACAACCCAAGCCGGCUACGGCCCAGCAGUGGAAGUUGCUGUCAGCACAAACGGAGGGGUGGAAUGGUCUUCUGCCACGGUCGCUGACAACAGCGAGAUCAUGUACGCGGCCGACAACGACCAGGAUCUAGCUGUCUUCACGUAUCACCCCCCGUUCCUGCUGGGCAGUUUGAACCCACCGGCAGGCCCUGCCAUCGGCGGUACUAUCGUCUCCAUCUCGCUAGCAACGACCACGGGGCCGGACAACGGGACAACCUCCAUGGGUAACGCCUCGUCGGAACAACAAGGGUGGCCGUUUGCCUUCGACCCCGUCCGCGACGCCCUGGCGACCUGCUUCUUCAACCGGACGUCAGUCCCGGCUACCGUGGUCUCCAACGAUACUGUGGAGUGCGUCGCCCCGCCGACUGUCCCCAGCGGAGGCGUCAGCCUGGUGACGGUGUCCGUGAACGGGGCGCCGGUGGGUGGAACGGGCGGCUUUGGAGUAGAUGCCGCAAGCGCCGGAGGAGCCCUGGAGUUCUUCUACUUACCGGACGAGGGGGAGAUGUCACUGUUCCCGCCCAGCGGCCCCGUGAAAGGCGGAACGCUCGUAGAGGUUUCCAGCCGCCACAUCGUGGAUGCCGCGGUGGCUUUGCUUUCGCACCAGGCGAUGAAAGCCUCGUCCUUCGAAAACAACGCCUCUUUUCCAGUUCAGCUGUCGCCGUCUUCCGCGGUUUGUUCGUUCAGCGCCGAUGGCAACGGGACCGGAAGUUCUGCCGUUUUGGUUGCGGCUUCCGGGCUGUCGUUUGACUGGGACGUCGCCGUUGACGUCAAUGGGCGCGAAAUCGGUGUCGGGCGCGUGCUCUGCCGGUCCCCUCCCGCCCCGGACAAUCUCCCUUCCACGGUUACCGUGCAGCUAUCUCUCAACGGCGGCCAGGACUUUACGAACCACGGGGCGCAGUACUACUACCGGCCGGAAGCCUACGUUUUCGAGGUCGAACCCGCGUACGGCCCGGUUACUGGUGGAAAUCCGGUUCGAGUCGAAGGCACUGGGUUCCGGGAUGAGGGCCCUCCUGGGGAGGGAUCAGAGGAGAUGGUGCUGUGCCGGUUCGGGGAUCAGGAAGUCGGCGCAACUGUGCAUGCGACUGGUUUGGUAUCGUGCCGGGCCCCUCCGAUGCCCCCGGUUCCCGAGCAACAAGACGUCGAGGUUUGGACUCUAGCUUGGGCCCCCGAGAUCCAAACAAUCUCGGUGGUGGCGGACGCGCCCUCCCCCGAGGUCUUCAACAUAACCACGGGCAGCGAUGCGGUGCAGCCCGAGGUGCAGCUGGUGACAGUCUCGUAUGACGACGUGGAUGAAGUCCAGACGAUCACGACAUCGCAGGAUCUUCUUGCGCCGGUGGAGGUGACCGUUUCUCUAUCCGUCGAGACGUCACAAUCGGAGAUACAGGAGUUGCGACUCAACGCGGAAUACGAACGUGAAGUCCAGUCAAUCGUCGUGAAAGCUUUCGCCGAAAACGGGUUGGCGUCCACUCCGGCUUCAGAGGUUGCCGAGAAGCAGCUCGUAACGGUUGAGGCCUCCAUCGAGACCAACCUCAUAGGACCUACCGGAAGCCUUGGAAGUUCUUCCGUUUCUCUGGAAGAGGCGACGCCCACGAGGCGGUCCUACUUGGUGACGUUCCCUAGCGACCUUGGGGACGUGUCCAUGAUCGUCGGGUACGGCGACGUCGGCAGCGUGGUGUCGUCCGUUGUCGUCAUGGAGGAGACCCGUGGGAGCGUCCAGGAGAUCCAACGGGUCUACCAGAGCGGGCAGGCGUCCGGAGGAACUUUCAUGCUCUCCCUUUUGGGUGAAAGUACGCCUGACAUUGUUCACAACGCGACAUCCGAAGAGAAUCCGCGCCUUCCUCACCUGCCUCUCGGCUCGAUGCGACCCCUGACCAAGGUACGAGUCGCCCUCGAGGCGAUCUCUGUGGUGGGAGACGUUUCAGUUUCGAAAGGGAACUCGAGCAGCGUACCAGAGUGGACGGUGACUUUCCUCAACAACGCCGGAGAUCUCCCGGUGCUUGCCGUAGACAGCUCCGCCAUGUGGGGUGGUGUGACCGUCGCCGUGAACGAAGAACGUAGUGGGACGUCCGAGGGGGUUUCCGGUUCGUUUGCCCUGAGCAUGGCUGGGAACGACAUGGACAACGUGGUGGUUGACCACGAUGCUUCGGCUGCGGAGCUCAAGAACGCCCUGGAGUCGCUCUCCACGACACCCGACACCUUAGACGUAACUCGGUUCGAGCUCCUAAAUGGAGGUUCGCUGUGGACAGUGACGUUCCCAGCGGCCGGCGGGGACGUCCCUCCCCUAGCCAUCAACGCGUCUGGUCUAUCCGGUACGGGAUUGCUCGCAGCUGUAUCCGAGGACACCGCCGGCAGCAGCCUGGGGGGAUCAUUCUAUCUUUAUUCCAACGGCCGUUCAAGUGCAGGCUACCCGGUCGAUGCCCAAGGGGCCUACCUCGGGGUGGUAGACAGGGAGAACAACGGCACGAGGAGAAGCCAGCGUCUGGCUUGGAACGCAGGAGCGGAUGACGUAAGGGUAGCGGUGGAAGAGCUGCUCCCUCUCUACACAACUGCAGUCAGCCGUACCAACUCCUCCAAUACCACUUCGCUCUGGGACGGCAACGACGGGAGUGGAGGCGGGUACACAUGGACGAUCACGUUUCCGCUCUCUGCAAGGGAUGCCCCCGAGCUCGGCUUCGACGGCGCCGCUCUGGAGGGAAAGGGUGCAGCGGGGAACAUCGUCGAAACGCGGAUGGCCCGGGCGCCGGAGAUCCAGCGAUUGUCGACUCUGGCUGGUUCCGAGGUGUACGGGGGGUUUUCGCUCAGUUUUGCGGAGACGGAAACAGAUCAGCUGCCGUUCAACGCCACGGCAGACGAGGUCGAGAGCGCCUUGAGAGCGCUACCGGGUCUCGCCAACGUAACGGUAACUCGCAGCGAGCCCAAAGGUCUGUCUUACUACCCGGCCGACCACGCCGCCACGCUUUGGUACGCCUCCUCUCAGCUCUCCAAGAGCAUCGACGUGCAAACUUUUGAUUGGGAUGUCAUGUUCGAAGGGUUGGCAGGGCCCCAGCCCUUGUUACAGGCCUGCUGCGGUGAGCAGGAGUUUGGCGACGAAAGUAGCAUCGGAGACGCACCUGCCGCAACUCUGAAGUCCAAGUACACGGGCGACGCUUCCAUCGGAGUCUUCCGCCUGUCCCCUGGCACCGGAGGACGCCUCGGCGGAAGUUGGUACCUGUCCCUCGAUGGCGAAGCCAGCACGCGCAUCGACGCCGGGGCGAGCGCCGAGGAAGUGUCGGCGGCGGUGAAAAACAUCACCGCCGCGGGUAACGUUAUUGUCACCGAGAGCACAGAAGUAGCGGGCUACAAUGGAGAGCGUUCCUGGGUUGUGACGUUCUUGGACUGGAAUGACCCUAACAGAACGGCCACUCCUCCGGUUGUGACUGUUGGCGAUGAGGGUCUCACUGGGACCGGGGCUGCGGCAACUUUGAAAGCUGCGGCUGCUGGUGCGUCGUCCACGACAGUAGGAAGCGAUGGGCAGCUCGAGAUGUCGCACCUGUGCGCCAAAGAGGUGGUACAGCUAUCCUCCCUCUUGUCCUCCGGGUACAUCGACGAGUGCGUUGUCGUUGCCGCUUGGCAGGGGAGCACGUCCUACGCAGUGGCCCCCUUCUCGUUCGACGCGAAUGCCACGUCGGUGGAGUCAGCCCUUGAGGGGGUGGAUUCAACCGCGCUCGGACCAGCGUGGGUAUCCAGCGAAGAAGGCGCAUCUGCCAGUGGGGGAGGCGUGUGGAAUGUUACUUUCGUUGGAAACUCAGAAGGUCGGAUCCCGGAGCUCCAGUGCGCGUCAGACGCCGAUGUCCAGCAGGUUUCGCAGUCUUCUUGCGAAGCUAUUGGCGGGUCCUUUUCGCUAGGCUUCGGUGGAAAUACCACACAAGAAAUCGCGUUCAACGCUUCAGCGCUAGAGGUCCAAGCGGCCCUCGAGGGCCUACCGGCCGUAGACCACGUCACCGUUACGGCCGCCGACAGCGGCCCAAACGGAGGACGGGAAUGGCGCGUAGUUUUUUCCGGCAGCGAGCUGGAAGGAAACCUGCCUCUCAUGACAGUCGAAACGGCCGGACUCACGGGGGUCGGGGUGCAUGCCAAGGUAUUAGAGAUAACCUCAGGAAACGAGCCCACCGGCCGGUUCAUGCUGCAAGCUGAUACCACGCCCAGGGGAUGGCCAGAGCACCGGUCGGGAUGGAUAUCCGUAGGGUCUACGGCAGCCGAGGUUGAGCUGGCCGUCGCUCAAAUCCCCUGGGUUCGAGCGGUGGACGUUUCCGUGAACGCCUCCUUGCCGACGGUUGGCCCGAUCGCUUGGGAGAUCACGUUCCCUCACCGCCGGCUGGAAGAAACGCCCGUGGAAGACGACGACGAGCUUUCUGACUCCGUUUACUAUGUCGCCACCGGACAAUCCGGCGAUCGUGCUCCACUGCGGGCCGUGAGAGCGCAGUUGGCGGGUAGCGGCGCAGCAGCGGACGUAGAGACAAUUUACGAAGGAGAACGGGUCCUCGGCGGGAGCUACGAAGUCUAUUUCGGAGGGGGUCCCGACAACGCGACCACCACCGUCCGUGCCGCCGCGUCGGCGACCGACUUAAGGGUUGCCCUUGUGGAGGAUCUCGGGUUGCCGGAGAGCACCGACGUUGUUCGCGUCGGUCCGCUUGAUGAUAGUCUCGCCUACACGUGGACGGUGACGCUUCCAGAGGGCACCAGCUUGUGGGGUAAUAGCACCAGCGUCGCGGGAGAGCUUACCGUUAACGCUUCCCAGCUCUCCGGGGAGGGAGAAACUUUCGCGGAGGUUCUCCUUGUGCGGGCGGGAGCCACCCCUCUCGGUGGGGAGUUCAACGUGAGCCUUGCAGAAGACGGGGGGGAACAAGAGGGACAUUGGGUGUCUCUGUCUCACAAUGCCAGUGAUGACGAUGUUGCUGCCGCGAUUUCGUCGUUUUCGGUUUCCGGCGGAAACGUAACCGUCUCAUCGGACAACAACAUCCAGGGGAAUUCUGGCAUCGACGGUAGCGUUACGGUUACCGGUAAGAGGUGGAUAGUGACUUUCUCGGCCUUGGCCGCCGCGGGAGACGUCCCGGCCAUCGGCGUCAACUGGUCGUCAAGUUCUUUGGCGGGUGCGGGGGUCGGCGUGUACGUCAACGAAACGUCGAAAGGGGUGACCGCGGACGUGCAAGGGGUGACGAUCGACGGUUACAGCGGAACCUUCGCCUUCGUCUUCGCCGACGCAACGAACGCCUCUUCUUCCAACUCCACCUCUUCGCCUGUGCGGUGGAAUGCCUCGUCGUCAGACCUUGCGGAAGCCCUGCUGGAAGCUACCGGGAAACGAGUCUACGUGGAGCGCACGCCCGUCGCGUCCCCGACAAGCUCUGCUACUAGUGGGGGUUUCACCUGGUUGGUUCUGUUUGCAGAGGCGCUCAGCGAAACUCGGGACAAGAUUAGCCUUAACACGACGAACCUUGUGCCUGAUGAUGCCGUGCUGGCCGGAGCUUCACGACAGGCCAACCUUUCGUCGGUGAGGAACUCCACGGCAACCGGCGUGGGCGGCGGGUUUUCCCUAAGGUUCGGGCAGAGCUGCGACGAGCGCGCAGCCGGUGUCUACUGCUCGGUGGCCUCAACUCACCUGCUCAGCUUUGAUUCAUCCCCUGGUGACGUCAGAGGCGCAAUUGAGGCUCUGCCCGCCGUGAUCGAUGCAACCGUCACCACGACAACCGGAAGCGAUGACGACGGUAGCAGCAUUCUGUGGAAGGCCGCGAUCGGGAAAACAGCUCCUGACGGUUUCGGGGUUUCCUCAUCGGUGGCCAGAUUCCGCGUAACCCUUUCGGCGGUCGUUUUCAACGCGUCCGACUCGGAGCUGGCGGAGUACUGGCGGCGUACGUGGGCGCCGGAGUACUCGGCGACGGAGUGGAGCGGGGAUUUCGCCACCGGGGGGGAUCUUCCUCUCGUGGAUGUCGACGUGACCGGACUGGUCGGCUCGUACGCCGCGGGACACGCGAAAGAGAUCACAAAAGGGCUUUCCACAGAGGUUGGAGGCGUCGUCGCGCUUGAGGUGUCUCAAAACGCAGGGCGAGACUACACGGCGAGCGGCGUAACGUACGUCUACGAGGCUUUGGUGUCCGUAAGCGCGCUCUUGCCAGACCAUGGGCCUAUCUUCGGUGGGACAGAGGUGCUUGUCCUGGGGGAAAACUUCCGGCCGUCCAGCCGCCUGGCUUGCCAGUUCGGUCCUUCGGGGGUAGACCCACGGGUCACCGUCCCCGCCACCUUCCUCAACACGUCGGCAUUGUUGUGCAUCUCUCCAGCGAGACUAACGCCGCCGGCUCACCCGGUCGGCGCUGCAGCGGCAGUCGAGGUGACGAACAAUGCUGCGGUCGGAGGGGGUGCUGCGCCUUGGUCUACGUUCUCGCGAUCAGGUGUAUAUUUCCGGUACGAGGCAACCCCGGAGAUAGGGAGCGUGGUGCCUCACCUUGGUCCGGCUUCGGGAAACUUCAGCGUUCGUGUGUCGGGCGGGCCUUUCCCGGACACGUCGGAGCUAAGGUGUCGCUUCGGGGGAGUAGUUGUCCUAGCGACCAGGCUGUCCCCGUCUGAGGUCCAGUGCUAUGCACCGCCGAUGGAGGCCGGGACGUACCCCCUGGAGCUCUCGCUCAACAAUCAGGACUACACUGGACGACGGUUUCCGUUUUUGUACUUCGAUGACCAGGCGAGUCGAUGGGGCUGGCACACCAUCUCCAACCAAGCGCUGGCAAGGAUAACGCCGGUAUCGGGGCCGGCCGAAGCGGCCGGGACAGCGGUGACCUUCUACGGCCGCGGUUUCGUCAACACGACCAAGUUAGCGUGCCGUUUUGGGCUCGGUCCGCCUGUUCCUGCCAAGUUUGUGAACCCCAAUGAACUUUUUUGCGAGUCGCCACCCCUCGUUUCAGCGGUAAAUCAGGACAGCGACGACGGUGGGAGCGGGCUACGGUGGUCGUCUUUGAGCGAAAUCUGGCAGCGAGAAUAUGACCCGUUGACGGGGUCUCGGCAGCUAUUCCCGGGCGCGCACUAUCACCCACUGUUUCCCCAACGGGCCGUUGGAGUGGAGAUCACAUGCAACGGCCAAGACUACACGGACAGCGGGACCACUUUCCUCUACCAGGCCGACGCCUCCGUCCACAACAUCUCCCUCGCCGCCGGACUCGACCCAGGGGGUUCUGCCCUCUUCAUCACCGGCGAGAACUUCGUCAACUCCACCUCGCUGUCCUGCCGAAUCGGCGGCUCAAACACUCCCGGAACCUUCCUAUCGGCCAGCAUCGUUCUGUGCUUCGUUCCGCGCGCCGCCUCGGCUUCGAUACGUGGCUCUUCCGCAGAAUCGGCUGCCGCUGUUUUCGAGACGGCGGAUUCCGGCAAAGUGGAAAAGAAUAGCGGUUACAACCGCGACACUAACCGCGGGUUCGGUCCCCGGGAAGGCGAUGAUGGAUCAUCCCCAGACUCGUGGCUUGGGCCUCUGGACGGCGACGGGGACUCGUUCUACGUAGAAGUGUCCAACAACGGCCUUGACUACACCGCCGAUCGGAUCGUUUACACGGUGGAGCAGGCGUGCCCUGGGGGCAGCUUCUGCGUAGGGCCCAGUGCUGCUUCCAUUCUUCCUUGCCCCCAGGUGAGGCGGAUGCACAAGUGUACUCAGCGCACCGGUCCCAGCACUAUUACUUGA